AUGUGGGAACUGACAGCCCUCCUGCUCCUGGUUCCAAGCAGUGGGCAAGCUGCUACUCUGGAGAAGCCCAUAUUGUCUCUACACCCACCCUGGACCACAAUCUUCAAGGGGGAAAGGGUAACCCUGCGGUGUGAUGGGUACCACCCUCUGCUCCUGGAGCUCCGACCCAGCAGCACUCUCUGGUAUUUGGGCCACCUACUCCUGCCCUCUCACAAGAAGAGCAUCGAGGUGCAGACACCAGGGGUGUAUCGAUGCCAGACACGGGGAGCACCUGUCAGUGACCCCAUCCACCUCUCUGUAUCCAAUGACUGGCUGAUCCUGCAAGUACCCUAUGCUGCGGUGUUCGAGGGCGAGCCGCUGGUCAUGCGCUGCCGCGGUUGGUACGACAAGGUCGUCUACAAACUUCACUACUACCACGAUGGCCAACCCGUGCGCUACUUCCACUCCAGCGCCAACUACACGGUGCCCCAGGCGCGCGCCAGCGACAGCGGGCGCUACCAGUGCUCCGGCACCAUGCGCAUCCCGGUGGAGAGCGCGCCCAUGUUCUCCGCCAAGGUGGCCGUGACCGUGCAAGAGCUGUUCCAGGCGCCGGUGCUGAGGGUGAUGGGCCGGGUGGAGACUCGCGGCGCGGCCCUCGGCGGAGUGGUCUUGCGGUGCGAGACGCUCCUGCACUCUCAGAAGCGCGACACGCCGCUGCAGUUCGCCUUCUACAAGUACAGUCGCGCCGUGCGCCGCUUCGACUGGGGCGCCGAGUACACCGUCCCCGAGCCCGAGGUCGAGGAGCUGGAAUCGCACUGGUGCGAGGCUGCUACGGCCACCCGCAGCGUCCGGAAACGCAGCCCUUGGCUGCAGCUUCCGGGGCGGGGUUCUCCCCUGGACGUGGCGUCCACCACCGUCCCGGUCCCACAGGCCGCGGCUUUGGCGCCCGGUAACAAGCCGCUUUCCUUCAGAAAGCCCCCGCUGUCCAGAUCGGUCCCGUCGGUCACCUCCGUCCCUAACACCCCCUCAGCCGGGCUGCUGUUCCCCGCGGGCGGAGCCCCCACUGCUGGGCCACCGGCCUGCGCUCCGCUGACCCCCUUGGAACAAACCACUGGAGCCCUAAAACCCGACGUGGACCUUCUGCUCCGAGAAAUGCAGCUGCUCAAAGGCCUUCUCAGCCGGGUGGUCCUGGAAUUAAAGGAGCCACAGGCCUUCCCAGAGCCCAGGGACACACUCGAGAUCCCCGCUUCCCACUUUGCUGUGAGUCAGGGAACCCCUGAGACCGCUGCUGUGGGGAGCUGAGGGAGGGGGUGGCUACUGCCCCCUCUCCAGGCGUAUCCAUCCCUGGUCUCUCCUGCUUCCCAUCACGUGGAGACCCUACAAAGCCGUCUCUGUUUGCAUCCCUCUGUCUUACUGUGGCUUAUAAAGUGUGGUGGCUGCCAUGUCCGUCUAACACAGCACAUCCUUGUAACCACAAGGCCUUCCCUCUGAUGGCCUCCUUCCCCUCACAGAUUUCAGUAAGGAAGGAGAAACCUGUUAUUUACUACUUUGAGGUAUAUGUUUGGAAGUUGAAUUCAGUCAUCCUUAGCUUUUCAUAUAAAUCCACCCAACAUGUAUUUCAGCACAGGCAAUUUUUUGGUACUUAAGGUUAUUUGGUACUAAGCUCUUUGGAACGUCUAAGGGUCAAGUUGUAAUUAUUCAUCAUGAAUUUAAUGUUAAAUUUUAAAAGACUUUCAGUUCUGUUUCUGAUGAGUGUAUACCCUCAAAGUCCUGGGCUAGUUUUAGAGAGGGAAAGGGACCUGUGUGGGCCUCCAUUCCAGGUUACAAGGGUCAGCAUACUGUUAGACUCACCCAGAUGCACCUCCUGCACCAACAUAGCUAGACAGGCUGAUGGGCUCUGGUGGCAGCAGGCAGGCCAUGCUCACUUUAGCCUAACUAAACAAGAGGUAUUAUUAGCAUCAAGAAAUCUCUUUGAAGAAAGUUUAAGACAAAUUCUCAAAAUUGCUGAAUUCUAGUUUUUAGCAGGUUCUUACCUCCCUAAGAGCCAUUCCAACACUAACAUACAAUUCAAUUUUUAUAAGUCCCUCAUCUGCCUACUAAAACUAUUGGUUUUCUGCAAGUCUGGUGUGAAUUAUUCCCAGGAGGUUUAUUUCUCAUUGGGUCCUUACCCUUCAUCAGUUAACCUUUACUGCUAAGGCUUAGAACUGAUAACAACUCAACCCUCCCAUCCUUCUACUUGAUACAUAUUCAGUCACAAUGCAAUUUCCCAUUUCUUUUUGAACAAUUAACCAGAAUAACAUCAACAUCCUUCAUCCUUUUCUUCUUAGUAUUAUCUUCACCAUGUUAUUACUGCAAAGUCACUGAAAUUAUAAAAAAGAGAGAGGCAGGUGGGUACACACAUAAAUUACAGUGCAAUGUGAUAAGUGCUCUAUGAAACACUGGGAAUUCAGAGGAGGAAACUGAAUCUUGAACGAAGAGCAAGAUUUCACCAAGUAGAGAUGUGAAAAGAUUGAGGGGCAGGGCAUGCAGGCUGAGGGUGCAAAGGCAAAGAGACAUAAAAGACCAUGGUGUGUUUGUAGACCUGCAAAUAAUUGAAAGUGGUUGGAGAAGUAUGUGUAUUUAUGCAUGUGUGUGUGGGGGGGGUGUAUUUUAGGGAGAAGGUGGCAGGAGAUGCACAUGGGGAAGUAGAAAGGGAUCAGAACAUGAAAGUCUUGUUAAGAGGUUCUUUAACCUGUUGGAUAUUUGGGACGGAUAUUUGGAAGCAUUCCUUAUUGAGGGCAUCAAUAAGCCUUACUGGAGGAGAAGCUAAUUUAAAAUUACAAAAGAGCAAUCAAAUAAACUGAUCUCAGUGGACACUUGCUUAACCCUGAGGAGGUAUGUCCAGGCCCUAUAAUCCAGUACUGGGGUUCUGGUUUACAAGGGUCUUUGUGGUUCUGAUUUCCAGCUUUCUAAUGCAGGCUUAGCUCACUUCUCAGAACUCUCCCUUCAGCAAACCUUCCCUGGCUAACCCCACUCUACUCCCGUGGCCCCUGAAGUUUCUGCCAUCCCUGAUCUAGAUAGGAAGUGACUAGCAUUAGUAUCAAGAGUCUAGGUAAUCAAAGAAUCGAGUCAUUGAAAAAAAAUCAGUUGAUAUGUAUAACUGAUUCACUUUGCUGCACGGC